AUGACAGCAAGAAUAUGGGAUUUUAACUCUACAUCAACAACAGCUCAAUUAAGUGGGCACAAAAAUAUUGUUAGCUGCUGUGCGUUCUCCAACAAUGGACGCAUGUUAUGUACUGGCUCUUGGGAUAAAUCUCUGCAUCUUUGGGAUAUUGCCACUGGUUCAUAUAGACGUACUGGACCGAAAACUAUUGAGAGAGGCCAUGAAGGAUCAAUUAGUUCAUGCUGUUAUUCGCCCGAUGAUACUAUGCUAGCCUCAGCUUCUUACGAUCAAAAUGUCAUUAUCUGGGAUACUAAGUAUAACUUACAGAAAUUCAGCUUAAAGGGUCAUAAUGGCUGGGUAAACGAUGUAUGUUUUAGUCAAGAUCAAAAGUGGGCACUAACGUGUUCAUCGGAUAUGACUAUAAGAAUGUGGAAUAUUGAAUCUGAGGAGAAGAUGCCUAUAUUUUUGGCCAACAAGAUUAGUCUUGGUUUAAAGCUUAUUGAGUGUACUCAAUGCGGCAAGAAAUUUUCGAUUACGGAAGCUGGAGAUGAUUUAUCGCUGACUCGAUGUGUAUUCUGCCGAUUAAAAGAUCGAUCGAAAGUUUUAAAUAUAACAACAGAAAUUGAAUAA